CGGGGGGCAACAGGCGGACGAGAAGCCACCGGAGGUCAGAGGACACUCCGCCGCAGAGAUGGCCCAGGCGAAUAUCUCGGUGACGGAGAGCCAGUUCAGGUGUCCCAUCUGCCUGGACAUCCUGAAGGACCCGGUGUCCAUCCCCUGCGGACACACUUACUGCAUGGCGUGCAUCAACAACUACUGGGACCAGGCGGAGUCGGGUCAGUUCAGCUGCCCCCAGUGCCGGGAGACGUUCAGCCCUCGGCCGGUUCUGCGGAGGAACACGGUGCUCGCCGAGGUCGUCGACAAACUCAAGCUGACGGAGAUGGUCACAGCGCCGGAGCUUUACACGGUGGGAGUCGGGGAAGUUCCGUGCGACUUCUGCCCGGCGGAGAGCAAGCUGAGGGCGGUCAAGUCGUGCCUGGUCUGCCUGGCGUCCUUCUGCGAGCUCCACGUCCUGCCGCACCGGGAGGUCGGCACGCUGCGGCGGCACAAGCUGGUGGCCGCGGUGGAGUGCCUGGCGGAGCGGCUGUGCGCUCAGCACCGCCUGGGUCUGGAGCCCGCGGGGAGCGGCUCCGAAGCUGAGGCCGCCUUGGAGUGGAGCGGGGACUGCCUGCUGUGCGAGGCUGACCAGGAGGAAGUGCACAAUGUGGACGCACAGAGAGCCAGGAGACAGCUGCAGCUCCAGGAGGCUCAGAGGAUGUUUCAGGGGAGGAUUCGGAUCGGAGAGAGAGAGAUAGAGGAGUUUCAACAAAGCUUAGCGUCCCUCAAGGUGUCAGCGUCGGCUGUUCUGGAGGACAGUGAAGCUCUGUUUGCAGACAUGGCGCUCCGCCUGGAGAAGACCAAGGCAGAGGUUCGAGCGAGGCUGGAGGCGAAGGAGCGAGCGGUGGUGGGGAGGGCCGAGCGCGACGUAGAGACGCUGGAGAAGGAUUUGGAAGAGCUGAGGAGGAGAGAUGAGGAGAUCAGUCAGCUGCUGCAAACCGAAGACAACACACAUUUCUUACAGGCGGCUCCGCUGCUGUGCGUCCCGCUCACCGCUGGUCGGCACUCCCGAGCCCUCGGCCUGCCCACAGAGGCCUUCAGCGGCGCCAGGAGAGCGCUGUGCCACCUGCGCAGCCGGGUGGAGGAGGUCUGCAGGGAGGAGGUGGACAAGAUUAGCCGCGCAGUUAAUGAGAACUACGUGUCUGGAGGAGAGUGUGUAAAAGGUGGCAGAAAUCUGAGUGUGGAGAACACCAAACCUCAGCAAAUGCAACCAACUGCAGGGCAACAUACCGCUAGGGCAGUGCCGCUGUCAUUCCCUCUGUCCUCUUUGUCUCUGCAGCCGGCUGAUCAGAGGAUGAGGGCAGCUUUCCUCAGGUUUUCGUGUCGUCUGUCCUUGGAUCCUGAUACAGCCCACCCUACUCUGAUUCUCCUGGAGGGUCCCCAGGGCGCCCACUGUGGCGAGGAGCCCCAGUCUUACCCCCCUCACCACCAGCGCUUUGAUUCAGUGGCCCAGGUCCUGUGCAGGGAGGGCCAGUUUGGUGGUGCCAGCUACUGGGAGGUGGAGUGGAGGGGAGGGGGAUGGAUCGACAUCGGCGUCACCUAUCGAGGUAUCGGUCGCAAAGGUGGUGGAAAACCCUGCCUGCUGGGACGCAACGAGAACUCCUGGCGGCUGAGGUGCACUCACGCUGGAUACGCCGCUUGGCACGACAACCGUAAGACCACGGUGGCGGCGCCGCCCUGCCCCAGGAUCGGCGUGUUCCUGGAUCGCCAGAAAGGAGCGUUAUCCUUCUACAGCGUUUCGGACGCAAUGGUGCUGCUGCACACGUUUCGUUGCCUGUUCUCUCAGCCGCUGUACCCGGCCUUCCGCCUGGACCUGGACUCCACCCUGCUCAUCUGCCCCAACGAGGGAGGCAACGGAAACCCAGCCUAACCUUCCUUCCCUCCCUCCUCCACCAGCAGCCUUCAUUUAACUACUGCAGGAAAGGGCUGUUCACUCUGCUUAUGGAUCAGGACAUUAAAAAUAAAGGUUGCUGGUGCAGAAGCAAAAACGUCGGGGGGAGUAGCAUCACAGUCAGGAAUCAAACCGUCUUCUCUUUCCAUACAUGUCUUUUUGCAUAGUCCCUCCUCCUCUCUGAGUCUGUGGUGAAAAACACACAUUUGACUUCAUCAAUUUUUUAUUCCCUUUAAUUGUUGCAUCAGGUGGGAUUUAUUUCACAGCAUGGCUUCUUCGCAUUGUACAUUACGACUUGUCGUAGAAGGAAAAGCCCGGGUAUUAACAAUGACAUUUACAAAGGCUCCGUUCUGUUUAGGUGUCCCAGUAAGCCAUGACGGUGUGACAGUAAUUGAAGUAGGUGAACGGUAACUACAGCACAGUGACUGUACAUGUAUAUUGUAUUUUGUUCCUUGAUUAAGAUUUGAAACUACAUUAUCCCCUUUCCUGUAUCUAAGUGAGAUCGGCGGAGUGGUAUGAUGUGAGGCAGUGAGGUGAUUGAUGACCGUGUUCAGUUGUCCCACUGUGAAAAGUGGACAUUAAAGUGGAGUUAGUAAAGUUAGCCAGUAGAAAGAUGCCCCCAUGUCGUUGCUUUACCCACGACCCAAAUGUAGAUUGAUUCAGAAAGAACUAAGUUUAUAGAGAAACCAGCGUUGCACUGUUUACACCUGUGCUUUUCCAGCUGUGACAUGUUAAAGUGUCUUCUGUGAAAAAGGCCUAAUCAACACAGACUUGCUGAAAACCAUCCACUUUAAAGGUAUGAUACUAGAAAGUAUUCACCCACUAUUUGCAUUGUUUUUCUUUGUGGUAAACAAAAAAACAACUAGUUGUGUACAUUUAUGGGAAAUGUUUUGUAUCAGAGGGUGGAUUUUUAUUUUAUUUAACUCCCAACAAUGACAGGCUGAAUAUUUAGCUCCUGUGACUACUUGAAUUACCCACAGCAAGAAAUUUCUUUCUGCAUCGCUCCCUCAGUUCUCAUCAUGAAAAUGUUACCUGCAAAAGAGACCUGCAGAUUUAGAGAAAUCAAAUGCCAUAUUGUAGUGAAUGUUUUGC